GAGUCUCAUUAUAACUCUCGCCUCUUUCUGCUUCUCUCAGUUGAUCGAUCCCUACGACCUUCCUUGAACAGGAUCUGUUCUAUGGGCUUCUACCUCCGAAUCCUUGUGUUCUAAAGUUGAUCGAUCCUUAACGCAUCCUCCUAUUCGAGUCUCAGAGACUCUCGCCUGUCUCGCCUCCUCCUCUUCGAAGCCACAAGCCACAAGCAUCCCAGAGUUCGAUGGAUUUGGAGACAGAGAAUAGGAUAGCUGCAAUUCUUUUGAAAGAAGCAGCAGAAUUGAGGCGACAAGCUGAAAAGGAUGGUGUACAUGCUUAUUUUCGUGAUCCUAAGGUUAGGGGGCGGCCAAAUUCACGUUUCCUCACUGCAACUGUUCUUGGUGUACAACAAGCAAAUCGAGCUGUGGAAGUAAAUGAAAUGUGGCGGGUACGGCAGAAGGAGCAAGAACUGGAUGAUAGGCUUAAAGGAAGAUUGAGAAACGAGAGCAGCAGCGAUAGGAGCCAUGGGGACAUUAGUGAGUCCCAGAGGAGCAAAGGUAAGAGGCAUAUAGAUGACAAAGCAAAUGCUACAUUUUCAUCCUCACAAAGCAAAAGAGUUGCCCAAGAUUGCCAUUUAAGGGACAAUGAAGGUUUAAAGGAUAAUGAGGUCGAGGAAUUUCUACACUCAAGGGUCAAGCGGGGCAGGGGUGCUGUUGGGUCACGGAUGGAUGAAACUGGUCCUUACCUUCCUUCUUGCCCAGAUUCGAAAGGAAAGCAGUUAGCAAGUCCUGAUGUGGGGUUUAGAGAAGGUUGGGAACGUCGGUGUGUUGUUGGUCCAGAAAAGCCUUCAUCGCUGAAGUCUUUUGAAUCUUCCGAUUCUGAAGACAAGUCUUUCCAUUACACACGAAAGAAGGCGAAAAAUGUUUGCUCGAGCAAGCACCACUCGAGGAAGCACAAAUCAAAAGAGAAGUCUAGGGAUAAGAAGAAGAAAAAAAGGAGAAAAGAUGUAAACAUCACAAGUAAGUGUGGUAUUGUAUGAGGCAUUCUUUCCUCACCAACUGUACCUCAACUAACUUGUGUUAGGUUCAAAUGAUUCUUGUUUGCUUGUAACACCAAUGUGUUUACUGAAAGUAGUCUUGGCUGAAAAUAUGUUAGAAAGAUGGUGAUUUUAGGGUUAACAUGCUUGUAAUUCCAACAACGAAAUUUGCAAUAAACUGAAGAGGCCAAUGUGAUAAAGUUUAUGAUUAGAAAUCCU